GGAUACUUCUGCUAAUAAAAGGGGAACUAGUUGAAUUUUUAAGAGAUCCUCCUCAGAAACCUUUAGGAUUUAGAAAAAGGACUGAACUUUUGGCACAUGGGUUGCGGGCAAGUCAUCACAUCUGAACCCGAGGCACGAGCUUAGAGACUGCUCUUCAUCUGACACACAGCAGACUUUCCAGCUGAGAAGGAAGUACUGUUUCUGCCGCCAUGAUAACCAUACAAGGAAUAGGACAGACUGCAUCGGGAGCUGCCUAUGAUGCACAGCAGCUGGGACAACAGUCUUUACAUGUGAAUUCGCAUGCGUGGCAAAGGAUGGCAGAGAAGUUCUUAAAGGGAGAACCCAAAAUCCUUGGGGUUGUGCAGAUUGUGAUUGCCCUCAUGAACCUCACCAUAGGAAUUAUGAUGAUAAGUGCCACUGUGACAUCCAGUGAAAUGCCCCCUGUUUCAGUGUACACAGGGUACCCAGUUUGGGGAUCUCUCAUGUUUAUUAUUUCAGGCUCAUUCUCAAUUGUAGCAGGAAGAAGAACUACAAAAGGCUUGGUUCGAAGUAGCCUAGGCUUGAACAUCACCAGCUCUGUGUUUGCUUUCACGGGGAUCAUAAUCUACACACUGAGCCCAAGCAUUUAUUCUUACCAUUUACAUUACUGUAUGUAUAGAGGCUCCUCGGAAACCUGUCACAUGACCAUAUCCAUUUUAAUGGGUCUGGAUAUUGUGUUAGUCAUUCUAAGUGCGCUGGAGUUCUGCAUUGGUGUCUCUCUCUCUGCCUUUGGAUGCAGAGUGAUGUGUUGUAACCCUGGUGGGGUCGUAAUAAUUAUGCCAUCAAGUCCUCCCACGAAAGAAACAACACAUCCUAUAUCACUUUAAGAAGGUUUGGUACCACCAGCUCACCAAGAGAAAAAUGUACCAGGAAAUCUGCAUUGAUUUUUUUAUUCAAGAACCAUACAUGGGGAAGCACAAGACUCCAGCUCUGAUGUCAAUGUCAUAUUUGUGCAUGCAUGCAUGAGUGUGUGCACAUGCGUGUUUGUGUAUGUGUAAAUUUCUAAUGACAUUCUCAGGUUUCCUCAGGAAUUUGGUAAAUCAUUCCACUGACUCUUCAUAAGAUUAUCAGAAUGGAAUAAAUAAACCAUCCAUUUACUAGCUAAAUAUCAUUUGAACAUUGUUCAUACUUUAGAUAAUCUAAAAGUGAUUUAAAGGAGCAAAGUAGGUUUAAAAGUCAACUGGUGAGAUGAUUUUAAUCACGUGGUAUUUUCACACUGACUACAUAGUUCUACUACUUUGUCUAAUGUUUUUCU